AUGACUUUCAUCGGCGAGCGUCCUUUCUUGUCGCGGCUACCGCCAUGGCUAUCACGCUGGUUUGGCUACCGAUCCAGCCCACCCGAGAAGCCGCCAAAGUAUAUCAUCUGGUUCUGGUCCUGGAUCGGCGCGUUUUGCGGCUUGAGUGUGAUUAUGGCCGUUUUUGGCCAAGCUCAGUACUUCAUCAAUAGAAAAGUGCCUAUGCUUGUAGCCUCAUAUGGUGCGUCUGCGGUUCUCAUCUAUGGAGCGGUCGACGCCCCUCUAGCUCAACCGCGAGCAUUGGUGGUCGGCCAUUUCAUUAGCGCGCUACUCGGGGUAUGUAUCUCGAAGCUGUUCCAACUAUCUCCCGACUUCGAGAAUCUACGAUGGUUAUCUGCCUCAAUAUCUUGUGCAACAGCCAUCGUUGUCAUGCAGAUCACUGAGACGACACAUCCUCCGGCAGGUGCUAGCGCCUUGAUUCCCUCGAUCGACGUGGACUUCCAGGAUCUGGGUUGGUAUUACCUGCCUGUCAUCCUGCUCAGCAGCACGCUAGCGUUGGCCGUCGCCUUACUCCUGAACAACAUCCAACGACGUUAUCCCGUAUACUGGAUUGCUCCAGAGAAGUACAGGGACGAGACGGAAAAGGCUGAAGGGUCCGCCGCAGCGAGUAGCGCGGACUUGAGUUCGGAGGAUCCCGAACAGCCAAAGCCUGUAGGCGACGCCGAGAAGAAUCACACACGGACAACGCAAGUAGCACCAUAG